GGUUGUGUUGUGAGAUUAGGUACAGAACACCUGGGCUAACAUAUAGAAGGAUUAAUAUACAGCAUGCAAUACAUCUGACAGUGAUGGCUUCUUAUUUGAAUUUGAUUUUCCUUGUCUGCAUCAUCUUGGACGAGACCUCUUCUGUUUCACAAUCUGGCACAUCAAAUCCUCACCUCGACUGCCCUGCCGACGUGUACAUUGUCUUAGAUACAUCUGAAAGUGUUGCACUCAGAGCUCAGCCCUACGGAGCCCUUGUGGAGAGCAUAAAGUCCUUUGCAGUAGAUUUAGUGGAUCGACUAAACAGCAGAUUCCAUCCAUGUGACAGGUUACUGACGUGGAACGCUGGGGCUCUACACUACAGUGAUGAGGUGAAUAUUAUAAGUGAAGUGGUCAGUAUGGAGACCAAUAAGACAGGACUGAAAAAAGCCAUUGAAUCAGUGUCUUAUCUUGGAAAAGGAACCAACACUGACUGUGCCAUCACUGCGGCUACAGGACAACUUCUGACUGGGGGAGGCUACAGGAAGGGCAACAAGUUCAUGGUAAUUGUGACCGAUGGGCAUUCCAAUGAUGGAUACAGAGAGGCAUGUGGUGGAGUCCGCUACGCUGUCACUGAAGCAAAGUCUGCAAACAUCAAGCUGUUUAGUGUGGCAAUCACCCCCAACCACAUGGCUGACCGCAUGUUGGAGAUAGCCACAGAUUCUAGAUACAGCUUCGUUCUGUCUGCAGCCAGUGGUGACUCUGUGGGAUUUAAGAAUACAGCAUCAGCCAUCGUCACUCAGAUUCUGGAAGAUUCACAAACAACGUGUUGUGCCUAUGAAUGCGAGGGGUUGCGAGGGCCACCUGGACCUCCUGGAAUGCUAGGUGAACAGGGCAGUGAAGGGAGGAGGGGUCCUUCUGGAAAACCAGGUGGUGCUGGACAAAAGGGAGCUACUGGUGAUGCAGGACCUCCAGGACAUGCAGGAAUUAAGGGCUCUAGAGGCCAGAUCGGUGCCAAGGGCUUCAGGGGACAAAAAGGACCAAAGGGAGUCAGUGGUAGAAAUGGUCUUGAUGGGAAGGAUGGAGCAAAGGGUGAGCCUGGUUUACCUGGGUUACCUGGAUGUAAAGGUGAAGUUGGACCUGAAGGUCCAUCAGGUCUUGUAGGUCAGAAGGGUGACCCAGGAUCCUAUGGCACCAAAGGAGAAAAGGGUAACAGAGGAAUACUUGGACUGGAAGGAUUGGCAGGAGUGCCUGGUGCCACUGGAGGAAAGGGAGAACAAGGACCAGUAGGACAAAAGGGAAACAAGGGAGAAAGAGGAGAUGAGGGGGAUACUGGGAAACGUGGAUCGACAGGAAAAAGGGGUGAAAAAGGGGAACAAGGGAUGAGAGGACCUCCAGGAAUCCGGGGGUCUCAAGGAGACAAGGGCAAAGAUGGACCAGUAGGCCCACAAGGACAUGACGGGAUUGCUGGAGAAAAUGGCUGCACAGGGACUGCAGGGGAAAUCGGUAUUAAUGGCUUCAAAGGAGAACCAGGCCCGGCCGGACCCGAGGGUAGUAAAGGUGCGAAAGGCUUGGUGGGCCUUAGAGGAGAACCAGGAGCACCAGGUGAUAGGGGAGAAGAAGGAGAACCAGGUCAAGGAAUAACAGGAGCAAUGGGAUUUCAGGGAUUUCCAGGGCUAAGAGGACCAGAUGGACCAAAGGGAGCCAGAGGCUACCUUGGCAUGAAAGGAGAACAAGGAAUACCUGGAGAUGAUGGUGAUGAUAAUUACGAGCUUGGAAGAGAAGGAGAAAGGGGUCCAAAAGGAUAUAUUGGCACCCCAGGAGAACAAGGUCUCCCAGGUAUGCCUGGCCUUCCUGGACCAAAUGAAUGUGAAAUACUUGACAUCAUCCAAAAACUCAGCUCAUGCUGUGGUGAGUAA